GGAAGAUGGCGGCCGCUGCGUGCUGUGCGUAAAGGGGGAUCACGGUCGGAUUUUGCGGAAAAAACAUGAGCGAACACGAUAAGGUGCAUUGACACGCGCGAAACGUGACUACUCGUGUGAGUGGCAUGGCACGCGCGUAAAACGCCGCUCACGCGGACUCACGUCGGCUUUUCUCCCGAUCGCGGGGGUGUUAUCGUUUGUUUACGAUAAGCGGCAGUAAAAAGUCCACUCUUUCGGUUUUCGGUUGCCCGCGCGCGGGGCUCGCGCGAUUCGCAAUUUGCGACGCGAAGCGGAGUGCAAAACGGGGAAAGGGACACACACGCAGAGGGAAAGACUGAGAACGGUAAUACGAGAGGAAUUCGACACUGGAGAUUAAGUGUUGCCGGACUUCGGCCCGGUGAAGAAGACCCGUAGAGAUGCUGAAGCAAUUGCAGAUGGGGAUGAGAGCUUUCCUCUUAAUGGCCUCCCGUGUGUGGACCUGCAUUUGCUUUCUACUCAAGAAGCAGGUUAGAACCGUAUCACAAAUGCAGCCAGUCAAAUAUGAGAUCUUCCCACUUUCACCUUUAUCUAGGCACAGACUUAGUAUAGUUAAGAGGAAGGUAUUAGUACUGGAUUUAGAUGAAACAUUAAUUCAUUCUCAUCACGAUGGAGUAGCGAGGCCAACCGUCAGGCCUGGUACACCUCCAGAUUUUGUUCUUAAAGUAACGAUAGACAGACAUCCUGUUAGGUUUUUUGUUCAUAAAAGACCACAUGUAGAUUUCUUCUUGGACAUUGUUAGUCAAUGGUACGAACUCGUAGUCUUCACUGCAUCCAUGGAAAUAUAUGGGGCAGCAGUCGCGGAUAAACUAGACAACAACAGAGGUAUAUUAAGGCGCAGAUAUUAUAGGCAACAUUGUACACCAGAAAUGGGUUCCUAUACCAAGGAUCUGUCUGCAAUUUGUUCAGAUCUCUCCUCAGUCUUUAUUCUUGAUAACAGUCCAGGAGCCUAUAGAGCUUACCCGGAUAACGCGAUACCCAUAAAGUCAUGGUUCAGCGAUGCAGGAGAUACUGCUUUAUUAAGCUUACUUCCAGUACUGGAUGCUCUUCGCUUCACGCAAGACGUGCGUUCUGUUCUUUCAAGGAAUUUACACUUACAUCAUACUUGGUAGCAUAGUUGGGAUUGAGCGGUACGCUAGAUAUUCUCUAGAGAUGAAGCUGCUAACAAUUUAGUGUGUCUAGCCUAGAAUUAUUAUUGUUAUUGAUAAUAGGACAACAUUAGAAAUCGCUGCUCAUAUAAUGAAACAAUGAGGCUCCUCAAGUCCUCAUUUUUUUUCUUUUUUUUUCCUUUUUUUCUGUCAAAUAACGAGUAAAUAUUGAAAGGAAUGGUAUUCAGCCAAUAAUUACAUCAAGCACAAAGUAUCCUAGUAUAAUUCUUUAUAUUAUACAGUCCAUAUGUGUGCAAAAUUGUUCGAAUUUCUUUACCACUUCUGUUACAUAAGCAUUUGCCAAAGACCAAGGUACGAAAAUAAUAUAGAAUCGCGCUAUGUAUCAGCAGGAUCUUUUCGUUUUAGGUAAGGAUUACUUAAAGUUUUUAUUUAUGUAUUUUUUGCGGCACAUCAUGGUAAGAGAGAACGAACGUAUGAAUGAGAAUGGGAAAGAGAGAGUGAGAGAAAGGCAGAAAGUGUGUGUGUAUGUGUGCGCGUGUGUAUUUGAACGAGAAGGAAGAUAAUCGAAAUGAGAUACUUUUGUUACUGUAUAUUAUUAAACUAGGAUAUAGAGAAAUAUACUAAGUCAAAAGGACUUUGCUGCAACUCACUGUAUCAGUGAGGCAGCUAUAUCCUGGUAUAUCUGGUACAUAUAUAUAUAUAUA